UCUAAACACUUUUCCGGCUUUACAUAAGCGAAUGUUUGAAUUCCAACACUGCAAGGCCUACUUUUGACUUACACCCUCGAGGCUCUUUACUUGCACUCACUGGCUCCUUGUGGCUCAAUCCCAUGAUAUUCUUCACGACAAGAAGGAGCUUUCUCUCCACUGCAAAGUUCCCCAACUUUAGACUCAAUGCUUCGUGCGCGACAAACAAAUCAGUUUGGAAACCGAGAUAUCGUAAAGACCCGUUCUGCACCGACGAAGCCCUUAGAACUCUUGUCCAACAAGGAAAAUACGCAUACGCCUAUCGCGUCUACCUCCAGCUUCACUAUGAUGGCAUCCCAAUAAGACACUCGUCCAUCUACCUCAAACCGGCUUUGGCUCAACUCUCAGAUAUCUCCGAACGUAGCGCGGAUAUAUUCUAUGUUUGGAUAUCUCUACUUCCCAGUCGACAUCAUAUGCCUGGUCGUCGUUUAUGCCCGAAUCCUUUUGAACAUGAACAUUUUGACGCCUUAUACACAUCCGGGUACCCUGCUGAAAUGAUACCGGUUGUUUAUCAGUUUGCUAGGUCAGCUGCAUCGAAAGGGUUCUUUCCAACGGUUUUCAACAAAUUCAUGGCUUUUAUCGUUCGUUUCGUCACUCCUUCCAAUGGCACAAAUUUGGUUUGUGGUGUGAUGGAGCGUGCUGUGCAAUAUGAGAUAGAUCAUGGCUGGUCAGUGGUUGGAAGAUUUGGUCAGGAUAUGGUUAAGAGACGGAUCGAAUGCUUACAAUCCAAGGUUGUGAGAGCGUGCCUUACGGCGGGAUGGGACGAAGCGGUUGAAAAGAUUCGGUCUCGAGAGAAGCCCUCAUAAUUCAAAGCGGCAAACAAAACUCGGUGCCCUUGUAAUUUUCGUACUUACGAAGGUGGUAUGUUGCAUCAUCACAGGUGUGUCGCUCAGAACGCCCCAGUCCGAUCCAGUAACAGUAGAUCUGAUCGGUCUGAGUCUACAGCAAAAAAUCAUUCUUCCUC